ACCCCAAGUGAUUACAUUAUAGCUUCUUGUUAUAUCACUAAUUAAUCAUCAUGGCGGCAAUUUCUUGGCGUUCUAAAACGCUGUUGUCGUUCAUAUCCCUGUUUAUGGUAUUCGUCUUCGCUGCAGACUUCCCAUGGAACCGUUUUUGGAUCUUGCUGGUCGUCAUGCUGUCGACUAUGUUAAUGGCGGAUGUACUGUUUAUAACUCCGAACACGUUCUCGCUAGAUCCGUUCUACAGUAACUGGGAGAUGAGAAUGAACAGUCGAUCUCAUUAAGUUGAUUGUGCAAGUUUCCACUGGAGAGUCGAAUCCAUUACUUUCAUAUAAGUACUAUUGGCCAUUGCUUUACAAUAUCAAGGUUUCAUACCAGGCACGAAGUUGAAACAACGCAUGCAAAUGGCCACAACGAUCGCAAGAUUGAAUCGAUGAUUGUUUCGUUCGCCUUU